ACAGUGAGGAGAAAGAUUAUGAUCUUUUGCUGGAAGCAGACAAGAGACCAAGAUGCAGAGUACAUUUUUUCUGGCUCUUCGGCACAACUCAUCUCAGAUGGAAAUUGCUUGCUUUAGCUGUUUGGACACUGGCAAAACACCAGUAAAAAAUAAGAAAAGCAGGCAUAAAGACUGGAGAGCAUUGUUUAACAAUAUUUUGCAAUGUACUCCCUCACCUCACACUGCUACUGAGACCGAUCCCUUAACAAACAAAGCCUACAGACCUACUUCUGAUGAGGUGAACCAAUGGGCCCAGUCCUUUGAUAAACUGCUUGUCCACAAAUAUGGGCAAGCUGCAUUCAGAAUCUUCCUUAAAUCUGAGUAUUGUGAAGAGAACAUCGAGUUCUGGCUUGCCUGUGAGGAAUUCAAGAAGAUCAAGUCACCUGCGAAACUAGCCUCCAAGGCAAAAAAGAUCCACAAAGAAUUCAUCUGGAAUGAGGCCCCGAAAGAGAUUAAUUUAGAUUACCACACAAAAGAAGACAUCACACAGAAUCUUCAGCACCCAACGGCUACCUGCUUCAGCGCUGCCCAGAAAAAGGUCUACAGCCUGAUGGAGAAUAACGCUUACCCACGAUUCCUGCUGUCUGAAAUCUACCAGGAACUAUGCACUGUAUCACAAGGGAAGAGCAAAUAUCUGAAAACAUGAACUUCUAACAUGAACUUCCUGGUAUCCAAGGAAGUUCUGAAGGACUGCAAAACAGGGACCCUGAGAGGCUCCACUAUCCAAUAUGUUAUAGCUCCUGUUGUAAAGAUCAGAUGGGAGCUAGAGAACACAAUGAACUGGCAAAUGUGAAGAGUUGGUCAAGGAAAUGUCUCUCAUAUGGAUAUUAAUAACUUUCGCCAUAAGAGGUGGACACAGAUGUGAAAACAAAAUGUUUUACUGUAUGUAAAAUACACAGGAUAGGGUUUAUUUUGAGACUAGCUAUGGGGCCAAGACAAUUUGAUAUAUAUAUAUAUAUAUAUAUAUAUAUAUAUAUAUAUAUAUAUAUAUAUAUAUAUAUAUAUAUAUAUAUAUACACACAGCCUUCAGUCAAGGCUUGUUUGCGCCCUUUAAAAUAGGUGACCCAGACACACAACUACAAGUUGCACACUUUUAUUAACAUAAAUAAACAAAAACUCACAAAACAAAUCCAACUGCCAUUGGAGUGCGAACUAAACUUUAUUCACUCUUGAGUAACCCACUGGAUGGCAAAGUCGUUUACCAGUUAAAAAAUACUAAUCUCAUUAGUUUACGAAUUCGCAAGGUUCACACGGUACCUUUUCUUGUCGACCAGGUUUUCCCAAUCCUGGUCCUGGGGAACUACUGUGUCUGCUGGUUUUCAUUUCAAAUGUGUGUUUCAAUUACUUAAUGAAACCUUUAAUUGAACUAAUUUUAAUUUAACCUUUAAUUGAACUAAUAAUGUGUUUAAUUAGACUUUUUUAAAUUGUUCUCAGCUCCUAGAAAUUUCAAGUUACUUAUAACAUUGUAUAGUAAACUUGAAAUCACCAACUGUCUGAAUGAAAACCAGCAGACACAGGGGAUCCUCAGGGCCAGGAUUGGGAAACCCUGUUUUAGACCACACAGGUUUGCUCUGCCCAUGGCUUUUCCUCCUUCAGCCCCAUCUACAGGGUUUCCCCCU